GGCUAUUUGCCGAAACUAAUGGCCGAAAGUUUACCCGAGGACGUACUCAUCGACAUACUCUUGAGGGUUCCGGCCGAGUCGUUGGCGCGAUUCAAAUUCGUCUGCAAACGGUGGCGGUCUCUAAUCUCCGACCCGGGCUUUGCCAAGUCGCAUCUGCAGAGGCUCAAGGCAGGGGAUUUAAUUCCUAGCCAGAGAAUUUUCAUUGGCAGACUCUACGGGUCCCACGAGACCAUAGACUACGCAGCGCUCGACGGCAGUGAGGGUGGCGUGGUGGUACCACAUAGGAUCAAAACGAUCAGACCUCUCUGCGAUUGCCACGUCGUUGGUUCCUGUGAUGGCCUGGUGUGUCUUUAUCUCGAAGGCAAUCUUUACAGAGAUUACCCGACAACUAUUCUCAUAUAUAACCCGGCCACCAGGGAGUGUAAUGAGUUGCGCUGUCCCGAAUUUGCUCAAGAUUCGAAGUUUAGGGAGUAUCGUGAAAAUGAGUCAUUCCAUGGAAUCGGAUAUGACCCUCGAUCUGAUGACUACAAAAUAGUAGAGGGCAUCCACGAAGUUGAAUAUUUUUGGGAGGCGGCAAUAUUUUCGCUUAAGUCCGGUUCUUGGAGAUCGAUAAAUUUCCCUAUCGAGGAAGAAAGUGGUUUCUCGGUUUCCGGCAAUGGAGUUUAUUGGAAAGGGGCCUUACACUGGUAUGUCUAUCACUAUUUCAGGCCUGCGAUUAUCUCACUUGAUUUGUCGGAAGAGAAAUUCAACCGGGUGCUUUCGGUCCCUAAAGUCAAUGAGGUUGGAUUUUUCAGCGGACUCGGGAUUCAUGGGACCAGUCUGUUCAUGUAUAACAGCCACUGUGAUAACCACAUCGAGGCAUGGAUAACGGAUGAGUAUGGGAGAGGAGGAUCAUGGACAAAAUGGUUCAGUGUUGAUCGCCUACCUACCUUUAGGGAUGCUGCCCCCGUGCGUACACAAGGAGCGGACAAAUUGUUUUUCUGAUAAAUGCGAAACGGGCGAUUCUAUUCAAUCCGGAGGAUAAUACUUACAAGGAUUAUCCCAUAAGGAUGGAUGACUGUUUCGAAUAUGCUAUCUACUUGGAAACUCUUGUUUCUCCCUAUCUUGGCGGUUAGCCAUCAAGAACCUAGAGCCUUUGGCGUCAUGUGAUGCGAGGAUUUUCUUAGUAGGUACAGGUUUUAAUAUUAGUACACAUUGAUAUUGAUAUAUACAAUGCUAUGUCAACAUGUCACAUCAUACAAAUUUUUACAUA